UGAUAGAAAAUGAAUUUCUGGAAUGUGUACCAGUAAUUGAGUCAUAUUACAUAGAAUUAUAAGUAUGAGGUCUUCAGAAAACGCGCUUUUUCCCGAUCACAACACGACGGCGAAAAAGCCAUCUUGUCAAAGUUUUUUCUGUGAGCAUGCGUCAGUAUCGCUAUGUUUUUCGUACUGAUCAUUGUCAACAAUUGUUGACAAUUCACAUUGUUUUAAUAACCAAAGUAGUAUCACUCUUAAAAAAAUAACUCACAAACUCAUCACCAAAUUUCAACAGCUUUCUUUUCAAGGUUAGUAGUAGCUGAAAAAGCGGUAAAUGCAAUAAGACAGCGCCAUCUAUGUGUUAGGCCCAAGACCUUCCAGCCCAUGUACCUAGUAUAAGAUAUAAUUACUUGUUAUGGGAAUGUUAUAUAUUGUUUUUGUUGAUAAUUACAUACUUUUUUGCAAAAAGAGAAUGUUUGAUAUAUCUGUAAUAUUCAUAAUGAUAUUUUAUAGUAGUCAAAUAAUCUGAAUACAAAGCUAUCACAACUUACCUCGAUGAUAGUAGAGUCGUGACAGAAUGAGUAAUCUCUGUAUUGGUUUAUUUUCCAGUAACCAUAAUAUUUAAUUAAUUUCAAUAAUUGUUUUGUGAAGUUAUGGAACGGUGCAACAUUAUUUCAUAUGUUACAAUUCUCUUAGAUCUCCCCUAGAAUUGAAAAAAUGUAGAAGGGGUUGAUUCACAGGACAGGAGGCUGAAAGAAGGUUGGAAAUAGAUUCUUGAAGAUUAUCCGAAAUAUAUCUCUGUUACGGAGAUACGGUUUUUAUGUUUCCACACUGAAUAUUGCAUAUUCAUCAUACAUUCCACUUAGGAAAAAAUUUCAACAAGUGUUCGAGGUUCAUUUGACUUUUUUCAUUCAAAAUAUUCGUGGUAGCCAUUAAAUAUUUCUGCGGUGUGUGGGUUGUCUACCAAUCUAAUUUGCAAUGGGACACUUCAAUAAAAACAUAAAAAAUGCACUUAUGUAGUGCAAAAUAUUUCCCGACCUCUCCAAAACUUUCAUUUAAAAUUUUCCAGUUCACAAAAUAAAUGAUGGGACCACGUAUACUAUUAAUAAUUUUAUGAGUGACGCAACCGAGUUUAUAAAAAUCUGCUUUAUCACUGAUUUACUUGACCCCAAAGUUUAUCUGUAUAUAAUUCAUUCAACGACAAAUAGUCAAAAACUAUUCGUAUCUUGCGAUAAUAAUAUGGAGAAUUUGCGUUACAUAAUAAUUGCAUUAUUUAUAUCAGUGACAAAUAUUGAAGCAUCCCCCUCGAUUAUAAUUAUAGGAGCGGGGCCAGCAGGUAUAGCGGCAGCCACAAAAUUACUGGAAAAUAAUUUAACAAACAUCAAAAUCCUGGAAGCUGAACCAAGAAUCGGAGGACGAAUAAAAAGCGUGAAAUUUGGUGACUCUUACGUAGACCUGGGCGCUAGAUGGUGUCACGGCGAAGAUGGUAAUAUCGUUUAUAAUAUGGUGAAAGAUUUGCACUUGUUGAAUUCGACGAAGGUUGCGGAGUCUUUCUUCCUAUCAUCACGAGAAGAAAUUGAAGAGACAUUUGGGAAAGAAUUGAUGGGUAUAUUUUACGAAAUGAGCGAUCUUCCAUCUUCUGAUUCAAAAGACAAAUAUAAAUCUGUUGGAGAAGUUUGCGAGCAGAGGUAUAGAAAAACAAUACAAGAUAAAUUUUCCGCCAAUCCUAUCAAACUAAAAAUAGCUAAUGAAGCCCUGGGAUUACUGGAGUCCUUCAUUUCAUCUAACGAAGGUGCUUUUUCCUGGUAUGAUUCUUCAUUUAUAACCGAUUUCAAAAAUUGUGAUGGCGACUUCCAUUUGAACUUCAAUGGAAAGGGAUACAAAAUUAUUCUUGAUGUGAUGAUGAAAAAAUAUCCUGACCCGCGUCGAAGUUUGCCGAUUGACGACAAAAUAUUUCUCAAUAAGGAGGUGACACAAAUCUCAUGGAACUCUCAUAGAAGAGGAGGAAAUAUCAAGAUCAAAUGCUCAGAUAACUCAAUGUAUACAGCUGAUCAUGUUAUAACAACGCCUUCGGUCGGUGUGCUGAAGGAAAGGGCAAAAUAUAUGUUUUUGCCAAAGUUACCAACUGAAAAACUGAAAGCAAUCGACGAAGUUGGUUUUGGGGCAGUUAUGAAAGUGAUCAUGCAUUUUUCAGUAAAUUGGUGGGGAAACUCACCAGGGUUUUCGUUCAUCUGGACGGAAGAAGACAAAAUAGCUGUACUUCGAGAAUUUCCUGAAGGGCCCACAUGGAAUGAUAGAUCAUGGCUAACUUUUAUAGACAUGAUUGUAAUGGCGGAUAACAACCCAAAUGUUUUCACAGUGUGGUUCACUGGAAAACUGGUUCCAGCAAUAGAAUUCCUUUCCGAUGAAUUGAUAAUAAAGGGAAUCAAUUUCACUUUAAACAAAUUUUUAGGACACUUGUACAAUAUUGGAGAGCCAGACAAAAUACUACGACUGUUAAAUCAAGAUUGGCAAAUGAGGAAAAAUCAGUUGAAGAACAUUUGGCAGCCCCAUUGACGGACCUUGAAGGAAGGCCGAUUGUUUUAUUUGCAGGGGAAGCAACUCAUCCGCAUUAUUACUCCACUGUUCAUGGAGCUAUAGAAA